AUGGACGAGGAAGUAUCAGCAAUAGUAAUUGAUAACGGUUCUAGAAAUCUCAGAAUAGGGUAUGCAGGUGAUGAGAUCCCUAGACAAAUCCUACAAAACAUUGUGCGACGCAGAAAAAUGAGCAAGUUCAUGACAAAUUACUCUUAAGAGCAGAAAGAUGUGUAUUACUGUGAUGAGAACAAGGAAAAUAAAGCGCUUUUUACCAAUAGCUAUCCAAUCGAGAGAGGGGUAAUAAAGCACUGGGAAGACUAGGAACAGAUCUGGUCCUACGCUGUAAGGUCUGUGCUGAAAACUUAAUUUGAAGAUCACCCGCUUCUAAUGACUGAGAUACCUGUCACAUCUAAGCAAUACAGAGAGAAAAUAACUUAGAUUGUGUUUGAAUAAUUUAAUGUGCCUUGCUUUUACCUCUCUUAGUCCUCAGUACUUUCACUAUAUGCUUCUGGACGUACUUCAGGUUUAGUUGUAGACUCUGGUGAGACUCAUACUACCUUUUCGCCUAUACAUGAAGGAUACCAGUUUUACUAUGCAACUCAAAAGGUAAAUCUCGGGGGAAGAGAUCUAACUCAAUAUAUACUAAAGGAACUCAAUUAGAAAGGAUCCUAUAGAUUUAAUAUGGAAUCUGAUGAGGAAACUAUUAAUGAAAUAAAAGAGAAAAAUUGCUAUGUAGUCCUGGAUUAUGAAGAAUAUGAAAGCUAGUAGAGGUAGGCGAAUUUCAAUUCAAAGCCUUAUGAAUUGCCUGAUGGAAAGGUAAUAUAAGUUAAUGGGUUUAAAGCUAAAGCUCCUGAAAUACUAUUCAAUCCAGCAAUAGCAAAGAUAAAUCUGAAUGGUAUGCAUUAGUACUCUCUUGAUACAAUUCUAGCUUGUGAAUAGGAGUAUAGGAAGGAUGUCUAUCAAAACAUCAUUCUUAGUGGUGGAAACACAUUAUUUGAAGGCAUAGGAGAAAGGAUGUGCAUUGAGAUGAGGCAAAUAGCAUCAAGUACUCAAAAAGUAAAGAUACUGGCGCCACCUGAGAGGAAGUACUCAGCUUGGUAGGGUGCUUCGAUACUUUCAGCUUUAUCUACUUUUCAAACAAUGUGGAUUAAUAAGUAAGAGUAUGAUGAGUCAGGACCGGCAGUUAUUCAUCGUAAAUGCUUUUGA